AUGCGGCAGCUUCUCAAGUUGCCACAAGUGGUGGUGGUUGGUCCGCAGAGCCACGGCAAAAGCACUGCCCUGGAGAUGCUCGCUGGACUCAACUUCCUACCGCGGGGAAGCGGCAUUGUCACAACGAGGCCCUUUCGGAUCACCAUCCGCUUCAACAAUCGCAUUGUGGAACCGUAUGCUGUGGUCACCUCUAGAGGUGUUUUGUUUCACGCAUGUAGGAAAAUGACGCGGGAACACUUGACGGUCGCGGGCUAA